CUGUUGAAGGUAAAUCCUCUCCUGGUGAGAAACAAUACGUUGCACUUACAUUCAAAAGUUCGUGGUGACCUGCUGGCGUCAACGCUCGACACAUUUAAAAAUAAAAAAAAUGGUAACUUAUGGCCGAGGCUUCACAGGGAAGCUAAUAUUGUUGUUUUGCAGAUUCUAUUAUAUCCUGAGGGCACAGAUAAAUGCCCGUUGGCUACGGAAAGGAGUCGAAAAUACGCGGAAAAAAAUGGUCUGGUAAAUUAUGAAUACGUGCUGCACCCCCGAACCACUGGUUUCGUGUAUAUUAUCCAAAACAUGAGGAAAGCAGGAUACAUAGACUUCUUAUACGAUGUAACGAUUGGUUUUGGCGAUUGCAUUGUGCAGUCUGAAGUCGACUUUGCCAUGCAUGGCGUCUGUUCGAAGGACGUCCACUACCAGGUUAAAAAAAUAAAGAUUGGUGAUCUUCCUUCGGAUGAUGAAAAGCUUGCGAAUUGGCUUAUUACGCUCUGGAGGGAAAAGGAAGAGAAGCUUCGCUAUUUUUACUCUAAAGCCCCAAGUGAGAGGGAAUUCGAAAAUACUCCUGAUGGACGAGAUUACGAGGUACAAUGCAAAGUUUUCACCACGUUUGUGAGUGCCAAAUGUCUAGAUCAAGUUUCCGUUCCCGAGGGCGACAAAAUGUAA